AUGACAAUCCAGAGGAUGAUAUUAGUUCUGAUAAAGACGAUAAUGAGCUUGACAAAAUUGCUGAGGAGUCUAAUGAAAAUAUAGAAGAGCCCGAUACUGUUGCAAAGGAUUCUAUUUAUAAACUUUUUUUAAAAGUCUUUGUUAGUGAUUCAUUGAUUUGCACAACAGAAAUUGAAAAGCCAUACUAUUCUGCUAGAAUCUAUCCAGAUGUUUGCGUUCACUGUGGGUGCUUGGAUGUUUCUAAAUCGGCAAAUGAAUAUCCAC